CUCUAGGGCAUUCGCGUCUCUGAGUGAGUUGCUGGGCUUCGUUUGUCAGGACUACUGGACAUUGGUGGUAUUCGUCCCCUGCCUGUGGAACCCCUCCUUCAUGACAUGUUUGUCUGCGCUUGGGGCUACCCGAUGCUACACGGGAAGUGGGUUCGGAAGACGGCAUCGAAGAAGACGCAUCAGUUCAGAAACAACGUCUGGGAGGAGCCGGAUGUGAUGCACAUCCUUUUCAAAGGCGAGGAUCCUCGGCUACUGACUCACCCGGUGUACGAGGGAGCUAUUGUUGAAGACGACGACGCCGCUCUCCGGAGGAAACAGAAAGUGACACCCACGGAUAUGGAGGAGAAGUCUUUCAAGUCUUUGACUUUCGCGGACAUCGGAAACCUGACCCAGAGGGGGGCUCUGUACAAGGACGGCGAGCGGAAUCCGAAUCAGUUGUGCAAUCAGCUUCUUUUCUUCUGUGGUGUGGCAGAUGCCGUGCUGUUCUUGGGCAAGCCGCACGCGCAGGUGGUGUGGAGUCUGCUUCAGCAGGGAAGGCACGUCUUGGCCGUGGAUGGGGACACAACGCAGCUCGAAUACACCAUGCAGUAUGUCACUCAUGAAGUGUCGUCCAAGGCUUACCCAUGYGAUUUCCACCAUGUCGUGGUCGAGCCCGUUUAUGACCCAAACAAGGACAUAUUYUUCAAGUUGACUCCGAAGAAAAGGCGCCAGGUCUACUCCUUCCUUUACGGYGAACAACCAAGGUUGAGAUUUGACCCGCAGUACGUGGUGCGGAAGGAAGUCGCCAUUGCGGUCCUCCAGGGCUACCACGGAGCGAGUCGGGCCGGUGUUGUGAGCUUCAUUAAGAGGCUGGAAUAUGUCUUUUUUAACGAGGAUGUUGUCGAUCCGGCCGACUUCACUUUGGAUAAGUACAAGCUGGCAUUAGGUGAGGAGGACGACUUCAAUAUCGAGACCGAGCAGGAGGAGAGCGUUGAGGACGACCUCUUGGAUUUGGACGGGCAAUUGGUCAUCUUCAACGCCCAAGUUUUUGAGUCGCCAUCAGUAUGCAAACCGGGGACACCUCUGGCUACACCUACCUCUGGCGGUCUCACGCCCGUGUCCUCCUCAGCGCCUGUCAAGAGGGGUGGGUUGUCCCAUCUGAGGAGUUCGCCGGGGGAGCUUAUUCGUCUCACUCCGCAGCCCGAACGUCUUCGACCCGGCCAUCCAGCUCCUCCGGACCAUCCGCAUCUCAAGGCUCCUGCGACUCCCUUCCACAUGGGCGAGAAACACACCUUCUCCACAGCCGAAGAUUGGGGCCAUGAUAUCGUGUGGCACCCAGACCAUUUCCAGCCAGUCCUUCUCGACGGCGAAUGGGCAGUGGCUGUGAGGGACGUAAGUAGAGGGUGGAUAUAUGACGAUCAUUGGGACCUCGAGACAUUCAAAUCUCGUGCCUACGAUGCGGUAUUGGAGAGAUUAAGUGAGGUCAAUCGACGAAAUAAGGACGACCCUGCUCUUCGCGAAUACGGGGACACGCUGUUCGAGUUCUUGCAGUCAAAUAAAUGGCUAGAAGUGUCCUCCGCGUUCUACGCCCUUCCGUCAAGCCCGUCAAUUAAGCAAGUGAGUUGGGAGUUGCCUGGGGUCACCCCGCCGGCAGGAGUUGUGAAGCGCAAGUCUCGCGGAAAGGACGGCGACGGGGAUGGUGAAGGCGGCGGGCAACGAGGUACCGAAGGUGGAAGUGAACAGCGAUCGACGAAACAGCGGUCUCCGGGGCACGCAGGCGGCGGAGAGGGGAAAAAGGGCACCCGGGAGAAGAAGAAGCGUCGCAGCGGAGAGAAGACAAAGCAUCACAGAGGAGACGGGCAGGGGUCCGGUGCCGACCGCGACGAGGACGGUGGGGUUCUGGCGGUAACAGGCAGCACCUCAAUGGAGACGGGGAACGACUUGAGGCCUAGGUGUAUUACGCGGCCUGGCGAGCAGGACCCUGUGAUUAGCUCCACUAGCGAAACACAGUUUGUCGAUGCGGUUGGCGGGGCGGGUGUCGCAAAGCAUGGAACAUGCUUCGCUCAACUCCAAAUACGGUUGGCAGAUUGUCUCGGAUCAAUCCGAACCUCGGAGACGACCUCGUUGUCCGCAACUCAGUGCCUUCCGGGAAGCGAGACGACAACAUACCAUGGGUUCGGCAGCGACAAUCUGGAACCGUGUUCCGGAUUAAUCCAAACCGCGAAGGCCGUGCCAUCGAGGGAGCACAGCUGUCUACAGAACUCGAAUGGGUGGUCCGGGUUUCCGAAAACCCUGGCGACGAAAUUCGGAUUCAUCCAAACCAGGAAGCCGUGUCUGCCAUGACAGACGAUCGGUGUCAGGAUGUA